UAUUUGCACAGGUCGUCUGUUGUUAAUGCAACGUAGUGUAUGUUGUGAAAGUCCUUAUUUAUGUGAUUGGUGUAUAUUUAUUAUUUUUAGAUUAAUCGACAUUUGUUGAAACAAUAUUUUGUGUAUAGUUUUUUAAAUAAUGGCUAUGUGAUUUAUAAGUUUUUGGGACUUCGAAUUUAUUUCGAGGUGAACAUAUUCACACAAGAUGGCAGACGUGGACCCGGAGACAUUGCUUGAAUGGCUUAACAUGGGCCAAGGCGAUGAACGGGAUAUGCAACUUAUUGCACUUGAACAACUAUGUAUGCUGCUCUUAAUGUCGGAUAAUGUUGACCGAUGUUUUGAAAGUUGCCCACCACGUAAUUUUUUGCCAGCUCUGUGUCGUAUAUUUUUGGAUGAAUGUGCGCCAGACUCUGUAUUGGAAGUAACAGCUCGUGCGAUUACCUACUAUUUAGAUGUAUCCGCAGAAUGUACUCGACGUAUUGUUGCUAUGGAAGGGGCUGUACGUGCCAUAUGCUCCCGCCUUGCUGUUGCUGAAACUGCAUCACGCACUAGCCGAGAUUUAGCUGAACAAUGUGUUAAAGUAUUGGAAUUAAUUUGUACUAGAGAAGCUGGAGCUGUUUUUGAUGCUGGAGGACUACAUUGUAUUCUUAGUUUUAUUAAAGAUAAUGGAUCUCGAGUUCAUAAAGAUACAUUACAUUCAGCUAUGACCGUUGUAACACGUUUAUGUGGUAAAUUAGAACCAGCAGAUGCAUCUUUACUGUCAUGCGUCCGAAGUUUAAGUACUUUGUUACGCCAUGAUGAUAAUUAUGUUGCUGAAGGUGCACUACGGUGUUUUGCAUCUGUUGCUGAUAGAUUUACACGACGUGGAGUUGAUCCAGCACCAUUAGCUCAACAUGGGUUGGUCGAUGAAUUAUUAAUAAGAUUAUCGAAUGCGGGUGGAGUAAAUGUGGGAGCUGGAGGUACAAGUGGAGGAAAUCAAGGUACACCAGGUAAAAUAGCACCACCUGGAGCAACAUCGUCAGCACCUUCAAAUGAAUCAAAAGUGACUGCAGCUUCUAUUUCUACAACAAUUAGCUUAUUAUCAACACUCUGUCGUGGCUCACCCAGUAUUACACAUGAUUUAUUAAGGUCUGAAUUACCUGAUGCCAUUGAAAAAGCAUUAAAAGGCGAUGAACGUUGUGCUUUGGAUUGUAUGCGUCUUGUAGAUUUGUUGUUAGUGUUAUUAUUCGAAGGGCGACGUGCUCUUGGACGUCCACAUAUUGGUACAUCCAAUUCAAUGCAAUUACUUCCACGAUUACGACGUUUAGAUUCAGCUGCAGAAAAAACACAUAGACAAUUGAUUGAUUGCAUUCGCUCAAAAGACACUGAUGCAUUAAUUGAGGCUAUCGAUACUGGUGGUAUUGAUGUGAAUUUUAUGGAUGAUGUGGGUCAAACUUUACUUAAUUGGGCAUCGGCAUUUGGAACCCAAGAAAUGGUUGAAUUUCUUUGUGACAGAGGUGCUGAUGUGAAUAAAGGACAACGCAGUUCAUCUCUACAUUACGCUGCAUGUUUUGGACGGCCAGGAAUAGCUCGUGUGUUAUUACGUCAUGGUGCAAAUCCAGAUUUACGAGAUGAGGAUGGCAAAACACCUUUAGAUAAAGCUAGAGAAAGAGUCGAUGAAGGCCAUCGAGAAGUAGCUACAAUUUUACAAUCUCCAGGUGAGUGGAUGGUGGCUUCCGAACGUAGCCAUAAACGAUCUGGUUCAGAAUCAGAAACAGGUGAAGAAAGUGGUGAAAAUAAUGAACCAAGAGGUGAUCCUGAAAUGGCACCAGUGUAUUUACGUGCAUUAUUACCCGUAUUUUGUCAUGCUUUUCAAGCGAGUAUGUUAGGAUCGGUUAGACGUGGAAGUUUAGGAUUAAUUAGAAAAAUGGUACAUUAUAUUCAACCUAAUCAAUUGGUGGAGUUAUGUAGUCCAGAAUCACCUACACAUACUGUCGCUACAUCAUUAGUAGAAGUAAUCGCUGUUGUUUUAGAUAAUGAGAUGUCGUAUAGUUGGCCGUGUGCUGUCCCUCUCGCCCCUGCCCCAUUGACCAGCCAGGCGACCCCAGUGGUGGGUCCCGGGCUUGGGUUGUUAGUGCGUUCGCUUCGCGUCCGCACCUUGCAUGACAAGCUCAUUGUUCACGGUGCCCCCAUGGAAGAUGAAGAUGGACACUUAGUAGUUUUAUCAAUAAUAUCCGAUUUAAUGGCAAAAGCACAAGAUAUAUUCUUAGAUCACUUCGCUCGGCUUGGUGUAUUUUCAAAGGUUCAAGCUUUAGCCGGUCCAUUGGAUUCACCAGAAAUUAAAGAUUCACCUGAAAUAACUAUUGAAGAUCAAAAUGAAGCAUCAUCAACAAGUGCAAUAGGUAGUUUAGCCAAUCAAGAGGAUGCAAAAGAAAUAUUACCUGGUAAAGCAUAUCAUUGGCGUGAUUGGAGUAUUUGCCGUGGACGUGAUUGUCUAUAUGUAUGGUCAGAUGCAGCUGCUUUAGAAUUAUCAAAUGGAUCCAAUGGUUGGUUUAGAUUUAUAUUGGAUGGUAAAUUAGCAACAAUGUAUUCUAGUGGAUCGCCAGAAGGUGGAACUGAUAGUUCAGGCAAAGGAAGAAAUACCGAUUCUCUUACCACUGAAGAAAAUCGAGGAGAAUUCUUAGAGAAAUUACAACGCGCUCGAGCUGCGGUCAAACCGUCUGGAGGUAGUCAACCAAUUUUAUCUCGUAUUGGAUCUACACGCCUUGUAGUUGGAAAUUGGGCGUUAACAAGUAGAAAAGAAGCCGAAUUACAUAUACAUAAUUGUGAUGGACAACAGCAAGCCACCAUUUUACGUGAAGAUCUACCAGGGUUUAUUUUUGAAUCAAAUCGUGGUACUAAACAUUCAUUUACAGCUGAAACUAGUUUAGGACCUGAAUUUGCUGGUGGGUGGGCAAACAAAAAAGGCAAACGUUUACGUUCAAAAGCUGAAGCAUUAAAACAAAAAGUCCACCAAGAAGCAUUAAAUAUAUAUAACACAUACUUCAAAGUAGCUCAAUCACAACCACGUGGUGUUGUAGCAAAAUUAGGUAAUAUUGUUGCACAAAUGGAACGUGCUUGUCAAAAACAAAGUCAAGGUGGUAAAAUAUGGAAAGAAUUAUUACAAGAAGCAUUAUAUGAAUUACGUCAAUUAUUACAUGAAGAAGGUGUUGUUAGUGCAUAUGAAAUGCAUAGUUCUGGUUUAGUACAAGCAUUACUUGCAUUAUUAUCAACAAAUUAUUGGGACCAUGGAUUACGUUCUCACAAAUCAAAUAAAUAUCAAAAACAACGUGUCCAAGUGUUUAAAGAAUGUUUUAGCAAUGAAACUGAUUCAAUAUCAAUAUUAGUCCAUAAAUUAAUCGCAGUUUUAGAAAGUAUAGAAAAAUUACCUAUUUAUUUAUAUGAUACACCUGGAUCCGGGGGCUAUGGUUUACAAAUAUUAACACGUAGAUUACGAUUUAAAUUAGAAAAAGCAUCUGGCGAAAGUACAUUAAUUGAUCGAUCUGGUCGUAGUUUAAAAAUGGAACCAUUAAGUACUGUUGCACAAUUAGAACGAUAUUUAUUAAAAAUGGUUGCAAAACAAUGGUACGAUUUUGAACGUGGUACAUUUCAAUUUUUGAAAAAGUUAAAAGAAUCUAAAUAUCAACAAUUCCAUCAUCAACAUGAUUUCGAUGAGAAUGGUUUAAUAUAUUUUAUUGGAACUAAUGGUAAAACUAGUCCCGAAUGGGUGAAUCCAGGUCAAUAUGGCUUAGUUAUGAUUACAAGUUCUGAAGGAAGAAAUUUACCAUAUGGACGUUUAGAAGAUAUAUUAUCUAGAGAUAUGUCAGCAUUAAAUUGUCACACAAAUGAUGAUAAACGAGCAUGGUUUGCGAUUGAUUUAGGAAUGUACAUAAUACCUACUUGCUAUACAUUACGGCAUGCUCGUGGAUAUGGUCGGUCAGCUUUACGAAAUUGGUUAUUCCAAAUGUCUCGUGAUAGUAUUAAUUGGACAACGCUUUACACCCACACAGAUGAUAUUACCUUGAAUGAACCUGGAUCCACUGGAACAUGGCCUAUUGAUAUACCUGCGGAUGAGAAACAAGGAUGGCGACAUGUACGUAUUCAACAAUAUGGUAAAAAUGCAUCAGGACAAACACAUUAUUUAAGUUUAUCAGGAUUUGAAAUAUAUGGACAAGUAGUGAGUGUUUGUGAAGAUUUAGGUAAAGUAGCGAAAGAAGUUGAAGCAAAUUUACGAAAACAACGACGUUUACUUCGUACACAAAUGUUAAAACAUAUACAACCUGGUGCAAAAGUUGUUCGUGGUAUUGAUUGGAAAUGGCGUGAUCAAGAUGGUUCACCUCCAGGUGAAGGCACUAUAACUAGUGAAUUGCAUAAUGGUUGGGUUGAUAUUACAUGGGAUCAUGGUGGUUCAAAUUCAUAUCGAAUGGGCGCUGAGGGUAAAUAUGAUGUUAAACUUGCUCCUAGUUAUGAUAUUGACGACGGUACUUCAACAAAAACUACCAUAAUUCCAGGUAGUAAGAGUAAAGAAAAUAAGGAAAAACAGAGUGUAUUAACCAGCCGUAAAUCAAGUUCAACUCCCAGUUUACCAGAUGCAACUGAAAAUCAAAUUAAAACGUCUGUUGCAUCAACAGAUCAAGCUGCAUCUGCUGAUAAUUUAGCAGCAAAACAAGCAGCAGAAGCAAUUGCUGAAAGUGUAUUAUCUGUAGCACGUGCAGAAGCUGUUGUUGCCGUUGGAUCUGAAGGUUCUCAGGCAAGUAAUAAUCAAGCAGAGCUCUCAGUUGUUGUACACGCUCUCCGUGAUCCACAUAACGACUUAUCAUCAAUCAAUAAUUCAUCAAUUUCCGGAGAUUUGGCUACAAUUGUUGAAAGUUUAUCUUUAUCCGAUACUAAAUGUUCACAACAAACAAAUAAUCAUAAUAUACUCCGAAAACAAUCGAGUAUGGGUGGUGGAACAACUGUGGAUGACAAUAAACCUCAUAGCUCAUCAAAUGAUGGUGGAAAAUAUAGUUUUGCAUCGAUUACAUCAUCUAACUUUAAUAAGCGUGGUAAUAAAAUAUCAAAUAGUGGUUCUAGUUCAACAACUCAACAAUCGAUAACUAGUCACAAUUUUGUUGAAGCUGUUGAAGCAUUAGAUAAAAUUCGUGAAACUGGUACAACUGAUUUAUUACGUAAUAAUACAAAUAAUUUCUUAUCAAGUGAAAUGUUGCCUUCAACAGUAUUAAAAGCUACAACACAACCCGCAAAUUCAAUUGGGUUAAUGACAACGUUAACACCAUCUGUACGAAUUUCUAUGGCAGGAACUGGCGGAAGUGGUGGUACCACAACUGAAAUAACAGAUAACAACGAUGAAAAAUCUACUCGAAAACCUACACGAAAGUUCUUUACAGAUAGUGAUGAGAAUCCUGAUUCAAAGUCAGCUCGUAAAUUUUUCACAAGUCCAGAUAUUCAUUCAAAAGAUGCGUGUGAUAAGGAGGAUGUUGAAAUUACGAAUAGUAAUAACGCAAGAAAUAGUUCAAAUUGUCCAAUAGUUGUUACAAAUCCUAUGAGUGUUAGUGUACCUAAUCUAACAUCAACCGAAAGUACAAGUCAAAUAGAACCAUCCGCCACAGCUGGAUUAUUAGAAACAUUUGCAGCAAUGGCCCGUAGACGAACAUUAGGAGCUGUGAAUUCAGGCACCGUUUCUAAUGUUAAUGCAAAUAAUGUAAACAACGGAAUGAUAACGAAUGUUUCAAAUAAUCAAAAUGCAUGUGGAAACACAUUAUUCCCACGUGGACCAAGUUCUGUAUCAAGCUUAGUUCGUUUAGCGUUAUCAAGUAAUUUUCCAAGUGGUUUGUUAAGUGCAGCUCAAAGUUAUCCAAGUUUGUCCAGUGGUAACGCAGCUACAGGUGUUGCAACGGUGGCAAGUUCUGGUGGUGGAGGAGUGGGUGCUCAAGGAUCUCAAGCUGUUGGUAGUUUAGGUCAGGCACUCACAAUGAGCCUAACAUCAACUAGCAGUGAUAGUGAACAAGUAUCUCUAGAAGAUUUCCUCGAAUCAUGUCGUGCACCAACUCUGUUAGCUGAGUUGGAUGACGAUGAUGAAAUGGGUGAUGAUGAUGAAAACGAUGAUGACGAAAAUGAAGACGAUGCUGAUUACGAAGAAGUAAUGGUGUCACGUAAUUUAUUAUCAUUCAUGGAAGAAGAAGGUGGAAGUUGUUAUGAAACUCGAUCGGGAAAACGACGAUCAUGGGAUGAUGAAUUUGUUUUACGUCGAUCUUUUUCAGCGCUAAUUCCUGCAUUUGAUCCACGACCUGGACGAACUAAUGUUAAUCAAACGACUGAUUUGGAAAUUCCAUCACCUGGCUCAGAACAAAUGAGUGAUAAUGCUGAAAAUGAAUUAAUUCCACAACCUAGAUUACAAUUAAUAUUACGCGGUCCAAAUUUACCUGGUAUACCUGAUGUUGAAAUUGAAUUAUCAGAUUCAACAUGGACAAUAUUUAAAUCUGUACAAGAAUUAAUUCAAUUAGCUGAAUUAGGAUCUAAACAAGAGAAAUUAAGACGAAUAUGGGAACCUAGUUAUGUGAUAAUAUAUCGAGAAAUUAAAGAUGAUAACAAUGAGAAUGAAGAAGGCCGAACUACACCAGUUGUUACAUUAUUUUCACGAAGUGGUAGUGGAAGUGUCGCAGGUACUACUCUAUCACCUGGCACUCCAGUUCCUGGAACACCAUCCGUAUCUAGUUGUACUGUAGAAGAUGUUUUACAAUUGUUACGACAUUUAUAUGUAAUUACCACCUCUUCCGAGGUAUAUUCAGAAAAUUUACGUUCCGAAUUAUUAUUAAAUACUACAGUAUCAUCAUCUAGAGACUUAUCACCAGAAGAAUUUAUGAGUAAAAAAUUAACGAAUAAAUUAUUACAACAAAUCCAAGAUCCAUUAGUGUUAUCUAGUUCAAGUUUACCAACUUGGUGUGAAGAAUUAAAUCAAUCAUGCCCAUUCCUAUUUCCUUUUGAAACACGACAAUUAUACUUCAAUUGUACAGCAUUUGGAGCAUCAAGAAGUAUUGUUUGGCUACAAACACAACGAGAUGUUACAUUGGAACGACAACGAGCACCUGGUUUAUCACCAAGACGAGAUGAUCCACAUGAAUUCCGUGUAGGUCGAUUAAAACAUGAACGUGUCAAAGUACCUCGAGGUGAUGAUUUAUUCGAAUGGGCUUUCCAAGUAAUGAAAGUACAUUCUGAUCGUAAAUCAAUAUUAGAAGUUGAAUUUAUCGGUGAAGAAGGUACAGGACUUGGUCCAACUUUAGAAUUCUAUGCAUUAGUAGCUGCUGAAUUUCAACGUCGUGAUUUGGGUAUGUGGAUAUGUGACGAUGAAACUGAUUAUAUGCAACAAUCAAUUGAUUUGGGUGAAGGUACAAAACCACCUGGAUAUUAUGUUCGUCGUUCAACUGGUCUAUUCCCAGCACCACUCCCACAAAAUUCAGACAUAUGUGAUAAUGUAAUAAAGUAUUUUUGGUUUUUGGGUGUAUUUUUAGCUAAAGUUUUACAAGAUAAUAGACUUGUUGAUUUACCUUUAUCGCAUGCAUUUUUAAAAUUAAUGUGUCAUGGUGAAAUACGAAAUAAUGUUAACGAACGUAUCGGAUUGGUUAGUUUACGACGAGAUAUUGAAGAUGAUGUUAUGACAUCUAGUUUAAUAUCAGAAGAAAGUGAAAAAGAAUUAGAAUUAGAUCCACCAAAAGUUAAUCCAGAAAGUGAUCGAACAUCUGCGGCGUGGUAUCAAGGGAUAUUAGGACAAGAAGAUCUAUUUGAAAUUGAUCCAAUACGUGCAACAUUCUUAAAACAAAUUCAUGAUAUUGUACAACGUAAAUUAAAAAUAAUGCAGGAUAAUAGUUUAUCAACUGAAACAAAAUUACAUCAAAUACAAAAUUUAAGUUUAAAUACACCAUCUGGACCUAUUUUACUUGAAGAUUUAGCUUUAACAUUUACAUAUUCACCUAGUUCACGAAUAUUUGGUUUUACAUCAGUGGAAUUAGUUGAAAAUGGUGCUGAUAUUGAAGUGAAUAUUGAUAAUGUUGAGGAGUAUUCUGAUCUCACAACAGCGUUCAGUUUAGAUAAAGGCAUUUCUAGACAAUUAGACGCUUUUCAUAGAGGUUUUUCAACUGUAUUUCCUAUUGAAAAAUUAUCUGCAUUUAGUCCAGAAGAAAUUCGUAUUAUGUUAUGUGGUGAUCAAAAUCCAAAAUGGACUAGAGAAGAUUUAUUAAAUUAUACCGAGCCAAAAUUAGGAUAUACACGAGAUAGUCCCGGUUUCCAACGUUUCAUCAACGUUCUAGUGGAUAUGACACCCGAAGAGCGUAAAGCAUUUUUACAAUUCACAACUGGUUGUAGUUCAUUACCACCAGGUGGUUUAGCGAAUUUAUAUCCACGUUUAACUGUGGUGCGCAAAGUAGAUGCUGGUGAAGGUUCAUAUCCAUCUGUGAAUACAUGUGUGCAUUACUUAAAGUUACCAGACUAUCCAACAGAAGAAUUAUUAAAAGAACGAUUAAUUGCAGCCACUAGAGAAAAAGGUUUUCAUCUCAAUUAAAAAAAUAAAUUUAAAAUAAAAAAAGUUGUUUGCUAUAUUAAUAUUGUACAUUAAAAAUACCAAAUAAAAUUAUUUAGUAUGUGUUCCAAAAUUCAAAACCCUUUAAGAAAAAAUUAUAAAAAAAGGCUUCAGUGGUAUUAAUGAAUGAAUUUACUAACAUAGUAAAUUUUGGGAAAUCUUAGUGUGAAAAAGAGAUUUUUAGAUUGCAAUAUUUUCAAAAUAUUACGAUAAAAAUUAUGUAUUUAGAGAUCAAGUUUGUAAAACAAUUGUGAUUUUUUGCUUCUUCUUUUUGUAUAACAAACUCAGACAGAGACUGUACACGGUAAAGAAUUAAUUUAUAAAAAAAAAAAAUUAUGAAA